AUGGCCGACACUUUUUCCUCCAUUCCCAUCAUCGACUUCCGCCGUCUGCAGGAUCCCCAGACCAAGGCGGAGGCACUAACCGGGCUGCGAGAGGCCAUUUUCCUGGCAGGGUUUCUCUAUCUGACCAACCAUGGCCUCGAGUCCCUCACCAAACGCGCUCAUGCGAAACUCCCGGAGCUCUUCGCUCUCCCUGACGACGUCAAGGAGAAGUGUAAUAUGAUCAACUCCCCGUCAUUCGUGGGAUACACUCGUCUCGGCGCGGAGACCACCGCCGCUAAGACCGAUCUGCGAGAGCAAUAUGAUUUCGGGACCUCCGGGCUAAAGGCCUGGACGGAGAACGAUCCAUUCUGGCAAAGAGUGGAGGGCGAAAGUCAGUAUCCUGAUUGUCCAGGCGCAAAAGAGCUAGUCGAGGAAUACAUCUCGGAGUCUGCAAAGCUCUCGCAAGAAUUCAUGCGAUACGUCUCCGAGUGUCUGUCCCUUCCUCCAGAUACUUUUGAGUCGUUCAAAGGAAACAUGGACCGUCUGAAAUUCAUCAAGUACCCCCAGGCGCCGCCGGGCUCCCAAGGCGUCGGUCCACACAAAGACUCAAGUGGACUCUUCACGUUCCUCUCCCAGGACGACACUGGCGGUCUGCAGGUGCUGAAUAAGAACGGAGACUGGGUGGAUGCCCCGCCGAUUGAAGGCAGUCUUGUGGUGAAUAUCCAGCAGGGCUUCGAGGCCAUUACCGGUGGCGUCUGCACCGCAACGACACAUCGCGUGAUUGCACCCACAACAAAAACCCGCUACAGCAUUCCGUUUUUCCUCGGUGUACGACUGGAUCUCACCCUGAGUGAGCUGCAGGAGUCUGCCGCGCACAUUGUGAAGCGCAUCCCGGCAUCCGACGAUCGCAAAAAGCGCGCGGUUGACGUCCCUAGCGAGUUUCUAUCCCCGCUAUACUCUUGCUUUGGCGAGGCCUAUCUCCGCAACCGCAUUCUGAGCCACCCGGAUGUUGGCCAAAAGUGGUAUCCAGAGCUGUAUGAGCGGUACUCCAAGCAAGUUCUAAAAUAG